GCUCGUAGGCGGUCCCCAGCAACCGCCGAGCAACAUUGACCAACGGACCGCGGGUGUAUCAAACAGGCGGCUGAUUUGACCAAUGGUAGUGAAAGGGCGGGCAUGUUGAUGAUUGGCGGCUAGAGUUGUCCAAUGAAAAUUGGGGGCGUGGGUGGGCGGAGCCGGAAGUAGAGCCAGUCGAGAGGCCCCCGUCCGGCUCGGGCGGAGGGAAGGGGGAGGGAACUAGAGGAGGAGGAGGAGGUUAGCCGAGGCAGCUACAGCGGCGGCGGCGCAGGGGCUGGUACGCGCUGGGCGGUGAGAGCCUCAUGGCGGAGGAAGAGAGCGACCAAGAGGCCGAACGCCUCGGAGAAGAGCUCGUGGCCAUUGUGGAGUCCCCGCCAGGCCCUACUGGGCUUAGAGCUGCGGACGACGGCAGAGGCGUCGCUGGGGGCGGCAGCUGUGGUGGCGGCGGCGGCGUCGGGAUCAGCAGUCGGGAUUACUGCCGACGCUUCUGUCAGGUGGUUGAAGAUUAUGCUGGAAGAUGGCAGGUCCCUUUGCCACAGCUUCAGGUUCUUCAGACUGCACUUUGCUGUUUUACAUCAGCCAGUGCAUCAUUCCCAGAUGAAUGUGAGCACGUACAGUAUGUUUUGAGUAGCCUUGCCUUGAGUUUCUUUGAGUUGCUGCUGUUCUUUGGAAGAGAUGAGUUUUAUGAAGAGCCCUUAAAGGAUAUUCUUGGAUCAUUCCAGGAAUGCCAGAAUCACCUCCGCAGAUAUGGAAAUGUGAAUCUGGAACUGGUGACUCGAAUCAUUAGAGAUGGUGGCCCAUGGGAAGAUCCAGUGUUGCAAGCUGUUCUAAAAGCCCAGCCAGCAUCUCAGGAGAUAGUGAACAAAUAUUUAAGUUCUGAAAAUCCACUAUUCUUUGAACUACGUGCCAGAUACCUAAUUGCUUGUGAACGCAUACCUGAAGCAAUGGCUCUUAUUAAAUGUUGUAUAAAUCAUCCAGAAAUCAGUAAAGACUUGUACUUCCAUCAAGCACUCUUCACAUGUCUGUUUAUGUCACCUGUAGAAGAUCAGCUAUUUCGGGAGCAUUUACUGAAAACUGAUUGUAAGAGUGGAAUUGAUAUAAUCUGUAACACUGAAAAAGAAGGCAAGACUAUGUUAGCCUUGCAACUCUGUGAAUCCUUUCUUAUUCCACAGCUCCAGAAUGGGGAUAUGUACUGUAUCUGGGAGUUGAUUUUCAUAUGGAGUAAACUUCAGCUUAAGUCUAAUCCUUCAAAACAAGUUUUUGUAGAUCAAUGCUACCAGCUUUUAAGAACAGCAACUAAUGUGAGAGUCAUAUUUCCUUUCAUGAAAAUCAUUAAAGAUGAGGUGGAAGAAGAAGGCUUACAAAUUUGUGUUGAAAUAUGUGGUUGUGCUCUACAAUUAGACCUUCAUGAUGAUCCCAAAACAAAAUGUCUAAUUUAUAAAACAAUUGCACAUUUUUUGCCAAAUGAUUUGGAGAUCCUCAGGAUUUGUGCACUCUCAAUAUUUUUUCUUGAACGUUCCUUGGAAGCUUAUCAUACUGUUGAAGAACUUUACAAACGUCCAGAUGAAGAAUACAAUGAAGGCACAAGUAGUGUUCAAAACCGUGUUCGUUUUGAAUUACUUCCGAUUUUGAAAAAGGGAUUGUUUUUUGAUCCUGAAUUCUAAUUUGUAAUGAUUAAGAAAAACUGUGUAGCAUUACUGAGUGAUAAAUCAGCAGUUAGAUUUCUAAAUGAAAGUACACUGGAAAAUUCUGCAGGUAAUGUGAAAAAGGCAAUGGAACAGCAAAGUUUAGAUGAAGGGCUUGACUUUCUUACAGAUCAGAGUACUGGAGAGCUUGAUCCUGACGAUGUUUCUGGAGUGCAACCAAAAGGUCAUAUGAGUGCAAAGAAAAACGUUACAGCUCUUAACACUUCCAAAGUAGAUCAUAACGUCCCGAGGCAUCGGUGUAUGUUAUGUAACAAGGAAUUUCUAGGUGGUCACAUUGUAAGACAUGCUCAGGCUCACCAGAAAAAAGGCAGUUUUUCAUGUGUAAUAUGUGGUCGAAAAUUUAGAAACAGAGGACUUAUGCAGAAGCAUUUAAAAAAUCACGUUAAGAAAAUACAGAGACAGCAAAUUGCAGCAGCUCAACAGGAGGAUCAGGAAAAUCCUGCUUUGGAAGAAAUAAAUUAUUCUGAUACUUUCAUUUCAUUUGAAAAUGGGAAUUCUGAUAAUAAGGAUUUGGAAGUAGAGACCAUUACUGCUUCCAGUGAUGGAAACAAAGACACCAUCCCUGCGCACGUGGCUGAAUUCAUUGAAAUUCCCGUAAGUGUAUCGGAAGAUGUUAUUGAAAACAUUAUUGAAAAUGGCAGUCCUGAUACUUCUUUAAAUAGCAUCGCGGAGCCUUUACCUGCGUGUGUGGAUGACUAUGAGGAGGAAGAAGACGAAGAAGGUGAUUAUGAAGAAGAUGAUUAUGAUCUGAAUCAAGAAACUUCAGUACUUCAUAAAAUCAAUGGAGCUGUGUGCCAUCCAAAAGACAUAUAUGCGACAGAUCAAGAAGGAAACUUUAAGUGCCCUGCUCUUGGCUGUCUCAGGAUAUUUAAAAGAAUUGGUUUUCUGAAUAAGCACGCAAUGACUGUACACCCAACUGAUUUAAAUGUGCGGCAAACAGUAAUGAAGUGGAGCAAAGGAAAGUGCAAAUUUUGUCAAAGGCAAUUUGAAGACUCUCAGCAUUUUAUAGAUCACCUUAAUAGACACAGCUAUCCAAAUGUGUACUUUUGUUUGCAUUUUAAUUGCAAUGAGUCAUUCAAGCUGCCAUUCCAACUUGCUCAGCACACAAAGAGUCACAGGAUAUUUCAAGCUCAGUGUAGUUUUCCAGAAUGCCAUGAGCUUUUUGAAGAUCUUCCUCUGCUAUAUGAACAUGAAGCUCAGCAUUAUUUAAGUAAAACACCAGAAUCAUCUGCUCAACCAAGUGAGGCAGUUCUUUGGGAUGUUCUCACAGACUCAAGUUCUAAUCAUCAAGAAAAAGACUCAUCUAGUAAUGAGAAACAAACCAUUAGUCUGCCAGUUUCUACUAGCAAGUCAAGAAAAGAUUCUACAGAACCAAAGACGUGUAUAGAAAGUAUGGAAAGGAAAACAGACCGUUUAGUUCAGAAUGGAAAUGAACAUUCUGGUGACACUAUUUCUGGUAUAAGCUUGAUAGACCAAAAGAUGCCUGACAUAGAGCCAAAUUCUGAAAAUAACUGUAGUAUUAGUGAUUUAGUCAAUGGACACAGUGGAAUAGAGCAGACACCUUUAGUUUCGUCAGAUCCCGCUUUGAAAACUGAUACAAAUAGAAUCAGGACAGAAAACGGUUCCAUUUUACCCAGUGUUGUACCACAAGAACACAAUACCCUGCCAGUAUCUCAGGCACCUUCCAAACCAAAUCUGACAAGUGAACAUACUUCAUAUGGCUUAAUUUUAACAAAGCCAUAUGUCAGACCAUUGCCUCCCAGUUACCUUGAUGAACGGUACCUUAGUAUGCCAAAACGCAGAAAAUUUCUGACUGAUAGGGUAGAUGCCUGUUCUGAUCAAGAUAACGUUUGUAAAAAAUCAGUGAAAAGACUAAGAUGUGGCAAAUGCCUGACCACCUACUGUAAUGCAGAAGCACUUGAGGCUCACCUUGCACAAAAGAAAUGUCAGACACUCUUUGGAUUUGAUUCAGAUGAUGAAAGUAAGUCUUCUAUCUUCUCAGUAGGUUUAUCUGUAGAAAUAGAAAAUACCAUAAAUCUUUAGGAGGUUAAAAAACUAACAUUUGUAUAACACAGAUAAUAAAGCACUACCUCAUACAUUAAUUCCUUUUAACCAUACAACCACCAUGAUGUUACUAUUCCUGUUUUAUAGAUCAAGCAACUGACAUUCACAAGUCAAGUAAUUUGCAUAGGCCUAGGCCUAUGAACUUGUGGAAGCCAGAACUUGAAUGGUUUUUUCAUACUUUUGGAUCAUGCUCUUUAACUGUAUCUGAGGCUUUUCUUCAUUCCAAGUUUCAUGUAAUAAAAGGUCUAAGACAAAGUAAUUAUGAUGGAAUUGUUUUUCAUCUGCAUGCUGGAAUGUAAACCAAGUUGAGCCUCUAUUACA